GUAAAAUCUACAUCCGGUAGGAACGUGAAAAAUUAUUUUUCUCUACAGGUUCUAGAAUUCCUGUGGAGUUUCUCAAGACUAGUCUGUUAUAUUCUCACAAGUCAAACAUAGUUCGUACUUCUACCAAUUGUUAAGUUUACACAAUGUCAGAGAAGCUUAGAAGCUAUGAAUUCUGGGAGAAAACCUUGCGAAAGGCGAAAUAUGUUGUUGCACCCAUGGUAGAUGCCAGUGAAUUGGCAUGGCGUAUGAUGAGCAGACGUUAUGGUGCUGAGCUGUGCUAUACACCAAUGUAUCAUGCUGCAGUAUUUUCAAGAGAUGCUAAUUAUCGUUUUGAUGCACUUCAGUCUUGUCCUGAAGAUAGACCACUAAUCAUUCAAUUCUGUGCGAAUGACCCCCAAGUCUUUCUUGAUGCUGCUAAGCUUGCAGAAGAUCAUUGCGAUGCUAUUGAUCUUAACUUGGGCUGUCCCCAGCAGAUUGCACGCAGAGGGCAUUAUGGUGCAUUCCUACAGGAUGAUUGGGAUUUGUUGGAACGCAUGGUGUCACUGUGCCAUGAGAAACUGAAGGUACCAAUAACAUGCAAGAUUCGCGUGUACGAGGACAUAGAGAAGACAAUCAACUAUGCUAAAAUGUUAGAGAAAGCUGGUUGUCAGCUGCUGACUGUACAUGGCAGGACCAAAGAACAGAAGGGAAUGGAGACUGGGCUAGCCAGUUGGAAACACAUAAAAGCUAUUAGAGACAAUGUUAGCAUCCCUGUGUUUGCCAAUGGUAACAUACAAUGGCUGGCUGAUGUUGAAAAGUGUAUUAAGGCAACAGAUGUAGAUGGUGUCAUGAUUGCAGAGGGGAGUUUACAUAACCCAGCCCUGUUCAGUGGCAAACAAACAAUAGUGUGGGAUAUGGCAAUUGAGUACCUGGAUUUAGUAGACCAGUAUCCCUGUCCUCUGUCCUAUAUAAGAGGCCAUCUCUUCAAGAUAUGCCACCAUGCAUUUCAUGUACACCCAACUAUCAGAGAGAUGCUGGCCGUCUCUAAAUCAGUGAAGGAGAUCAGACGUUCAAUUGAGCUUCUCAAGGUCACAUGUCAGGAUGAUGUUGAAAGGUUUGAGGAACAUCCUGAAAUGUUGAAGACCUGGGAACUUCCUCUACCAUACUGGAUAUGUCAGCCUUAUGUUAGACCUACGAAAGAAGAAAGAGAGAAGCGUCAAAAAGAAAAACGUGAAAACCUCAAGCGUCAGCUGGAGAAUAUGGAACCAGCUGCCACUAGCAAUGAACCAACAGAAAAACUGUCUAAAAGUAAAAUGAAGAAAUUGAAAAAGUAUCCUAAUAAAGAUCUAGAUAAGAAGAUAUCUGAAAGGGCAGCUAAAUAUGUGUCUUGUUCAGAAUGUACCAACUGCAAGGGGAUGAAGUGUGUAUUUGACCUGUGUAAAAGCUGCUGUAAAAUCAAAACCCACACUGAUAUAGUGGACUGUGAAGGUCACAAUCUCCUAGUGAAAACCAAACAAGAGAGACGUAUAAAAUGGGAAGAGAGACAAAAAUUGGAGAACUUUCAGUUGCCAUACUCUAAACAAGCAGGGACUGAAAUAGCUGACAAAAAUAUUAAGGAAAAUAACAAAAAUCUUGUUGACUAUAGUGAAAGCAAUCUUACAGAUACUAACAAUGAUCCUACAAAGGAAAGUGAAUACACAAAUUUGGAUGUUGAUUCAAAUGGUAUUAAUCCAGCAGUAAAUGGUGAUUGCAACUGAAGAAACAACUGUUACGACAAAAAACAAGUUAAUAGCAAUAGUUAGUAGGGGAAAUCUUUGAAUCUGAACACUCUUAUCUGAUCACCUCUCAAGGUGAAUACUUUCUCCCAUUGACAUAUUUGAAGUUACCAAACAAUGAUCAUCUGGUAUUCUGAACACUUUGGGCUUGAGUUGAAAAGAGUAUAACACCACUAUACUUGUAGCAUGGAUGUUAGAAUAACGUUUGUGAGUUUGUAGCAUUGAAGUGUAUU